CGCGUGCACCUGCCUCAGCAUUAAGCAGCACUUACCAGGGUGGAAGAAAAGGCAUAAAGAGCUAUUACUGGAGGUAUUGAUUAGUAUCGAUCAGCACAUCACUACUACUACCUGGUAAAGUGAAGCUUCCAGAGGGUUCUGAUACGGGAUGACUUUCAUGGUUUUGGACUUGCUGCGAAGACAAGACCCAAUCUUGUGCAUCGUCUCGUCUCGUAAGUUGGGUGUCUGGUGACACCCCUACUGCAUAUACACAGGAACAGCACAGGUGGCUUACAAUGUUGACUUAUGGCCGACUUACUGGAACUUGAGGAAGGAGUAAGAAGAUCACGACUAUUUAUGUCAAGGUUUCAUGAUGUUAUUCCCGUUUUGUGUCGAGAUUGCAUCAUUUCCUGUGUACACAGGAAGUAGGAAGUGCCAGCCAUGUACACUAUCCAGCCAUAGGCAAAAAGAGGUGAUGAUGCAACGCCCCACUAAAGCAUUUCACUUCAGAGCAAUUUUAAGCCUUAAAGAGGCCACAAGGUGGCAGAAGUGCAUUUGAUGAAAGCUCGACAGAGAUGCAGGAAGGAGGAAGUGAGAGAGCAUAGAGAAUAAAAGACGCCGUCAGUGAGCUGCUUUCGCAGAGGAGGCCGCCUUCCGAGGCACAUUAGUCACCACGGCAACGAAGCCACAACACAAACGCCACCCGGGUGAAAGAGUGUCCUCUUCCGAAAAGGCUGCAAGCAAGCCGGAAGCUCCAGAGACUCCAGGUCAGCACGGCAGGCCCGUCUUCCAUCGCCUCCCCUCAGCAAAUGAAGGAGUCCAAGGACAACAUGUCCGCGAUGGGCCAGACCAUGUUGGACCACAUCAAGCCAUGCUGGUACUGGGACAAGAAGGACUUAGCCCACACCCCCUCCCAGUCUGAAGGCCUGGACCCUGGCACUGAGGCCCGCUACCGCAGAGAGGGGGCUCGCUUCAUAUUCGACGUGGGCACACGACUCGGCCUACACUACGACACGCUGGCGACGGGCAUCAUCUACUUCCACCGCUUCUACAUGUUUCACUCCUUCAAGCAGUUCCCCAGAUACGUGACGGGUGCCUGCUGCCUCUUCCUGGCUGGCAAAGUGGAGGAAACGCCCAAAAAGUGCAAAGAUAUCAUCAAGACGGCGCGCAGUUUGCUCAACGACGUGCAGUUUGCUCAAUUUGGAGACGACCCAAAGGAGGAGGUGAUGGUGUUGGAGAGGAUCCUCCUCCAGACCAUCAAGUUCGACCUGCAGGUGGAGCAUCCUUACAUGUUCCUGCUGCGCUACGUCAAGCAGCUCAAAGGGGAGAAGAACAAAGUGUGCAAGGUGCUCCAAAUGGCCUGGACCUUCGUCAACGACAGCCUGUGCACCAUGCUGUCGCUGCAGUGGGAGCCAGAGAUCAUCGCCGUGGCCGUCAUGUACCUCGCCGGCCGCCUCUGCAAGUUUGACAUCCAGGAGUGGACCGCCAAGCAGUCGUCACGCCGCUGGUGGGAGCAGUUUGUCCAGGACGUCCCCGUGGAGCUGCUGGAAGACAUCUGUCAUCAGAUCCUGGACCUCUACUCCCACGGCAACAAGCCCAUCCCUCAGCAGGUGCAGGAGAAGGAGCGCGGGCCCGCCUCCAUGCCACCCGCCCCUCCGGUGCCGCAGGCUCCGCCCCAGGCCGCCAACCCUCCCCUGCCGCCGACCAAGAAGACGUCCCCUCAGGGAGGCAGCCCCGCACGCCAGCUCAAACGCGCACACGCCUCCCCCAAGGAUGAACCAAAGCCCCCAGAACAAGUUGGAUCAAAGAUUCCUCGACUGGAGAGCCCCAUGCCCCCUCUGCCUACAUCACAGCCGCCCCCAGAGCGUAAACCCGCCGCUCCAGCCCCUCCCACCGAAGCAGAACCACAGAGCGAAGCUGUUCCCCCGCCCCCUAGCCAGCCCCCUCCCCUUCCACACCGGCCCCCACCGCCGCCGCCCUCCAACUACGUCAUGUCCACUACCAGCUCCUACAUGUCAGGGGAGGGCUACCAGAGUCUGCAAUCCAUGAUGAAGACUGAGGCCCCCUCCUACGCUCCGCCAAUGCCGCCCACUUACGCACCCCCGAUGCCACCCUACCACGUUUACCCUCCACCCACAGCUCCCCCGCCAGUCCCUCCCCCACCUGCCACUUACCCACCGCCCACUAUGCCUCCAAGCUAUCCACCGCCAGGUUACAACAGCUACCCACCACCACACAUGCCCCCCACCCAUGUACCCCCUCCUGGCAUAGGUCUCCCUCCGACCGGGUACCCGCCUCCACCCCCCGUGCCUCAAGGUCAACCACAGGUGCCCCUACCUCCGCCACCUGGCAUGCCCAUGAACCGUGGAGGGUGGAUGAGAUGACUGGACCCAAACAUCCCAAACGCAAAGCAGGAGGAGAUUCUAAUAUUGUGGUGGGAACAACAUGAAACAUGAAAUAUGAAAUAUGAAAUAUUGUGGUUCUGUCUUGGAUAGUCCACCUUCACAUGACGUGAUAUCAAACACUGGAUCAUCUAUUUUGUACAUGUCACACAUUCCUGUGCUCCUGUUUCACACCCACAUCUUUGGAUUUGUGUCAAAGUGGCACUUAGAAAAAUAAAAUAGAACUUUUUUUUCAA